AUGGAUAGAGCUCUAAGACCUUCUCGCUUGGAUACAUUACCAAACACACCUUCGGCAACAAAAUUAUUUAAACAUUGGCUCAGAACAUUUGAAUAUUAUCUUGAUGAACUCCCUCAAGAACUCAAUAAGUUAAAAAUCCUGACUAAUUUCGUUGUGUUUGAUGUUUAUGAAAUAAUAAGCGAAUGUCCAAAUUAUGAAGCAGCAAUACAAGCUUUACAAUCUGUGUCUGCUAUUGAAUAUCGCGAUGAAUAUAUUAGAGAUGCAUUUAUAACAGGGAUAAAUUCACAGAUUGUCAGACAGCGACUACUAGAAAACAGUACAAUAAGUCUGGAUGAAAUAUUUUCAAAAGCUAGAACCUUGAAAUCAGCGCAGAAAAAUGCUGAAAAUUACCUCCAGUAUAAUACAUCAAAUACAACAGUAGCUGCAAUAGCUUCAAACUGCUGGAACUGUGGGAAUCAAAGACAUGCUAAAGCUGUCUGUCCUGCUAGAGAGUGGAUUUGUUUUAAAUGUGAAAAAGUUGGUCAUUUUGCCAAGUUAUGUAAAUCUUUUAAACGUACAACAGCUGGGAUAAAUCUUGUUGAUCAACCUUUAAACUCAUACAAUCCUUCACUCACAUGA